AUGCUCUUCCGCUUCGCCACCUCCAUUGCCCUCGUGGCCUUCGUUUCCCACGUCGCCGCCCAGCCCGAGCCUUACAAGCUGGUCAAGGGCCCCGUCUUGGGCCUCAGCUUCGCUCGUCGCGACACCAACGGGUACCAACCCGAGCAGUCCGUCUGCGGUGACGGCGACACCUGCGCCGAGGCCUGUGGUAAAGGCUAUGAGACUUGCGCUUCCAACGACUCUUCCACUCACUGCUACAACCCUGCUGAUGCGCAAAUCUGCUGCUCCGACGGCUCCGGAAACUCUUGUGAUGAUGGUUACUACUGCAGUCACGACACCGCCGCUAACACCUGGUGCUGCCCUGACAGCAUGAACCUGGUCGAGUGCGCCGCGGCUUACAACGUUGAUGGUGCUCUCGUGUCCGACGCCCCCAUCACCAGCUCCGCUGAGCCCACGACGACUUCCACCACUUCCGUUGAGCCUACCACUACCUCCACUGAGCCUAAGACCACCUCCACUGAGCCUGAGACCACUUCCACUGAGGCCGAGACCACCACCACUCCCGAGUCCACCUCGACUCCCGUCUCCACCACCUCCAAGAAGGCCUCCACCAAGUCCGUCGUCACCAAGACUGAGGUCGACGAUGAGACCACCACCAUCUGCCCUACUCCCAGUGCCGGUUACAGCACUGCUUGGACCGGUUCCAACAGCACCGUUACCAGCGUUGCCCCGACCCAGCCCUACGAGACCCCCGCUGCCAGCGGUUCAUCGUCAGCCGGAGUCCCUGCCGUCACCACCAGCGUGAACGGCGCCGCCGCCACCGGUGCGAGCGCCCUGCUCAUCGUCGCCGCCGGCUUCUUCGCCCUCCUAUAA